AUGUCUUCCUCAUAUGCCAGCGAGCCGAACCCCACCGCGUCAGCGACCCUGAAUACCACCAUCGGUCCCAUUCACAUCUCUCUCUUCGCGAACCAGGCUCCUCUCACCUGCAAAAACUUCCUGCAACACUGCAAAGAUAAUUACUUUACUGGAACCAUCUUCCACCGCGUCGUUCCCGAUUUCGUGAUCCAGGGAGGUGAUCCUACUGGCACUGGGUCUGGCGGAACCUCCAUCUACGAAUAUCCCGAGUUUGAAUAUGACCCCGAGGCCCGUGAUCCGACCGAACGGGUGGUGUUGCGAGAUGAGCUACAUAGCCGGCUACGAUUUAACCGGCGUGGUAGGGUGGGCAUGGCGAAAAGCGAGGACGGAUCCUAUGGCAGUCAAUUCUUCAUCACGUUAGCCAACACUGAGCGCGAGAUGAAUGGACAAUGCACACUUUUCGGACGACUGGAAGGAGACAGCAUCUACAAUGUUCUCAAGAUUGCGGACGGCGAUCGUGUUGAGGGAACCGAUCGGCCUAUGUACCCGAUUAAAGUGACGUCCUGUGAAGAGGGGACAAGCCCGCGCCGAAGAAGAAGAAGAAGCCAGCCAAGGGGGGGCAAGGUCUUACUGAGUUUUGGCGGAGAUGAAGGGGACGAAGAAAUGCCGAUGCGGCCGGCAAAGCCGAAGUUCAAUACAAAGCUCGUAUCAGACGUCGCUGGCGGCGUGGACGAAGCGCAAAAACAUUCGAAAUCACAAACAGCGGACGCCCCGAAGCUCCGAAAGCGGCCACGAUCUCCAUCCCCGAAACGCUCUUCGUCACCUCCCCGCAAGCAACGCAUCAAGACGCCAGAACCCGUGGCCCAACUUCCCAUUCAAGACCCUGAAUCUCCCGAUAGAUCCCCCUCCCCGCCUGCGAAGGAGUCAAGAGCGUCGCGAAUGAAUGCUGAGAUCGCUUCACUCAAAGCCUCCAUGCGCCGUAAUGUGGACACUGGCCCUGCGGACACCGGCCGCAAGAAGACAGCACUGGAAAGCAUGAUUCCAGAAACAGCAAUCCGAGGUCGUAAACGACCGCCGCAAAGCUCCAAUGGCGUAGGCCAGAGCUCUGCCCCCAAGUCCAAAGCAGAACGGGACGCCCUGCAGCUUUUCAAUUCCUUCAAGGCGAAGCUGGAGGGUGCCGACACAAAAUCGUCUGGGCCCUCACAUGGCACCCGCAAGAACAAAGAAUCUGCUCUCGAUGAAGAAGAUGCGGAGGAUGCAGAGGCGCAGCUUUGUGACCUCCACUUUAUUGCAAACUGCCAGUCCUGCAAAUCCUGGGAUGACCCUGAUGAAGCUGGGGAAGAUGCAAACCGAGAUGACGAGGGAUGGCUAACGCAUGAGCUACGAUUUGGCAAGGAUACCCUGGGUAAAGACUUAAAUUGGAAGAAGGCACAUCCUGACGAUGCAGACUCGCUGAUGGUGAUCGAUCCUCGGGAGAAAGAGAAGGACUUGACAGGUGGACGCAAGCGAGGAAUGCACCGAGAUCGGGAACGAGAGCGCAAGAAGGAGCGAACUGGGGAGUUGGAAUGGGAUCGUCACGGAAAGCGGUAG